GGGUGAUGUGGUCGCUGGGGUGUUGUAUUGCCCUGGGUCGCUGGUCGCAUGCGUUCAGGCUGGGUGAAGAUAAAAGCCGUACUUGGUGCGUGGUGGGUCCGUGUUUCGUCCGAUGUGCAGCUGAAUCGUAGAAUUAAGAUUUAACAGCCAUGGUCUCGGUGGAGCUGCGCCUGCAGCGCGCCAGCAAGGUGUACCGCGAAGGCGAGCUGCUCUGCGGCGUGGCGGCGCUGACGGCGCGCACCGAGCUGCGCCACGAGGGCGUCUCGCUCUGCGUGCAGGGCGACGUCCAGCUGACGCACUCGGGCAAGUCGGCCGGCCUCGUCGACAGCUUCUACGCCACGCCCAAGUCGCUGCGGCUGCUGCACGAGACGCUGGAGCUGGCGCCGCCCGGCCGCCUGCCGGCUGGCCGCACCGAGGUGCCGUUCGAGGUGGCGCUGGCGGCGCGCCACGGCCGGCCGCUGCACGAGACCUACCACGGCCUGUACGUGAGCGUGCAGUACACGGUGGCGUGCGAGGUGCGGCGGGGCGUGCUGACGCGCGACGCGCGCGCGCAGCUCGAGUUCAUGGUGGAGGCGCGCCGCGGCGCGGCGCCGCCGGCCGCCGAGCGGCCGCUCCAGUUCCUCGUCUCGCCGAGCAGCCUGACGCGCGCCGACGCGGCCGCCGCGCCGCCGCCGCGCUUCCGCCUGCGCGGCCGGCUCGACUCGACCGAGUGCGCGCUGGGCGAGCCGCUGCGCGGCGAGCUGGUGCUGGAGAGCAGCGAGGCGCCGGUGCGCAGCAUCGAGCUGCAGCUGGUGCGCGCCGAGGCUUGCGGCCGCGCCGACGCGCUCAGCCGCCAGUGCUCCGAGGUGCAGAACAUCCAGAUCGGGCUGGGCGACGUGCCGCGCGGCCUUGCCAUCCCCAUCCACAUGGUGUUCCCGCGGCUCUUCACGUGCGCCUCCGUCAGCGCCGCCCACUUCCAGAUCGACUUCUCCGUGAACGUGGUGGUGGUGUUUAAGGAUGACCACCUGGUCAGCGAGAACUUCCCGCUGAAGCUGACGCGCUACUGAGCCGCCCCUGGCGGCGACCUGCCGCGGUGCUAGUUGCAGGGCGUGCGGACAGGUGGCGGUCCUGUUGCCGGCGGGCCGUGUCGGGUGAAAGGCUUUGGAGCGAAUGGCCACGGGAAACCGGAGAGGCAUCAUGCAGCUCCAGCUAUCUACUGUGACCAUGGGAUGAACACCCGGAUUAUCUGUUGGAGCAGAAAGUGCCUUGGUCAUCGCGAAAGCUGGAAGAAGUUUACCCAUUCUGCAUAGCUAUCUGCACAAUUGUAUGCAUGCUUGUAUUACAUGCGUGUAUUGAGGUACUGAAAAUAUUGGUAUUUGUAAUAUGUGCAUU